CCAAGUAGUGAGGCAAAUCUGUUUCCUCGAAACUUCAUGUGAAGCACGCAUAGGCAACACAUAUGGAGGGAGAAGAAGAGAAAGAAGGAGCACGAGCCCAAAGGGAUAGGGACACGGGGUUGUUCUUGUAAUUUCCUAGGUUCAUCUGUGUUGCUAUUUAUGAUUGCUUCUGUGUCUCUUCUGUUUGUACGCUACCAUGUUACGAGCUCAAGACAACCGCACUCUUUUCCAUUAUUCCUCUGAGACAACAUAGAUAGAACACCUGCAGAUAGAAAAAGAAGGCCAUUUCCUUUUCAUUUCAUCACUUUUGUGUCAUUAGUUUCCAUCAUCCUAUCAACUUUUGUGCCAUGUUGCAUGCCUGUGCGAAUUUGAGUGUCCUAUAUAUUGCGCUCAUGCUACUUAAUUCUUGAGAAAAGCUGAUUUUUUUCUCUUUAUUUUAUUGUUGAGUGGGAAUUCCAUAAUUUCCAUUUCAGCAUGGAGAGAUUUUGGUAACGAAAUCUCUUAAUUCAGACAAGUGGGAAGAGUUGGAGAGAAAGAGAAAAAUUAUCUUUAGUUGUAUAGAGAGAUAAUGUUUGGGGAUCAAGUCUAAUAGAUUUUAUUUAUUAAUAUUUUUAUUCGUUUUUUAUUUUGGGUUGUUGGGUUGAACAAGUUUUGAUGAUCAUGUACAUAUAGAGAGAGAAUUCUCAUUUGUUGAGAGGUGAAGUUGAAUUCUUUUAUAUUUCUUUGGCCAUAAUAGGGAGAAAGUUGAAUAGGUAGGUAGUUUUGAGUUUCAGUUAAACCCGUGUUCUAAGUGGAAAAAAGGAAAAACUACAAAGGUUGCUUCAUCUGUUCAACCAUCUUUCAUCUAUUAGCAUGGCUGUGGCGAGUCUGAGUCCUAUGCCUGCAACUCCACCACGAGUCAAUUCUGUGAACUCACUUCGUGAUAUUGGGGUUCCUGGGAUCAUGACCAGUAGGAGAGAAAUUUUAAAUGAGCCAAGUCCGAGUAUGGUUAAUGACACAAUCUACGUUGCUGUGGCAAAAGAUGUGAAAGAUAGCAAAUUAAAUCUGAUAUGGGCAAUACAGAACUCUGGAGGAAAGAGAGUUUGCAUUCUUCAUGUUCACGUGCCAGCGCCUAUGAUCCCCUUGACCUUGAUGGGUGCUAAAUUUCGUGCAAGUGCACUGGAAGAACAGGAAGUUCAAGCUUACCACGAAAAUCAGAGGCAAGACAUGCACAAGACAAUGGAUGCCUAUCUUUCUAUCUGUCAAAGGAUGGGGGUGCGGGCAGGGAAACUAUACAUUGAAAAGGAUUGCAUUGAAAAAGGAAUUGUAGAACUCAUCUCCCAGUAUGGCAUACAGAAACUUGUAAUGGGAGCAGCAUCUGAUAAGUACCAUUCUAGGAGAAUGACUGCCCUCAGGUCUAAGAAAGCUAUAUAUGUAUGUGAACAAGCUCCAGCUUCUUGUCAUAUACUGUUUAUCUGCAAGGGGUUCCUUAUACACACAAGGGAUAGCAAUUUGGAUAGAGGGAAUGUAGAAGCUGUAUCUCCUUUGGUGCAGAAAAAGGCAAACUCUGAAGAUGGGCAUUCACCUCAUUCGAGAUCUCAAUCUGUUGUGCUAAAUCAUUGGAUAAAACUAACUAAUCCAGCUCAAGAGUUGUUUCGUAGAGCAAGGACUGUCAACAAUGGACAUGGGAGGAGCUAUGCAUCUGUUUCUUCUUCAGAAGGGUUUUUAACUCCUCAGAGUCCUUCAGUUGUCUCAGUGUGUUCUGACUCAGUUGAACCAGGAUUGACCCCAAAUUUGAUUAGUGGUGGCAGUGAAAAUGUAUUAGACUUGAAUUUGAAUGGCCUUUCUCAGACUAAUCAGAAUCUUCAUCAUUCAUCACCUCCUAGUGUUCUGCAGGAUGGAGGAAUGGAUGAUGCUGUCUACGAUCAAAUUGAACAGGCAAUGGCUGAGGCUGCGAAUGCUAGGAGGGAUGCAUAUCAAGAAACUGUUAGGCGUGGGAAAGCUGAAAAAGAUGCCAUUGAUGCUAUUCGCAGGGCUAAAGCCGCUGAAAACUUGUAUAAAGAAGAGCUGGAACUGAGGAAAGAACUAGAGGAAGAAGCAAAGAAAGCAAAUGAAGAACUUGAUAAUAUGAAGAGAUGGACAGACAAAGUUAAUGAAGAACUCCAACUUGCCUUAGAUCAGAAAUCAUCGCUAGAAAAUCAAAUUGCAUCAACUGAUCUUAUGAUCAAGGAGUUGGAGCAGAAGAUUACAUCUGCUGAGAACAUGUUACAAAGCUACAAGGAUGAACUAGAUGAUAUGCAAAUGCAGCGUGAUAAUGCAUUGGGAGAGGCUGAGGAGUUAAGGAGAAAACAAGGGGAGGCCUCAACCGCACAUGAGCUCCAACGCUUCUCAGAAUUUUCCUUUGCAGAGAUUAAAGAAGCAACAAGUAACUUCCAUCCAUCCCUCAAGAUUGGAGAAGGUGGAUAUGGAAGUAUAUUUAAAGGUAUCUUGCAUCACACCGAGGUGGCUAUAAAAAUGUUGAAUCCUGACAGCACACAAGGACCUUUGGAGUUUCAGCAGGCGGUUGAAGUAUUGAGCAAGUUAAGGCAUCCCAAUCUCAUCACACUUAUAGGAGCCUGUCCAGAAUCUUGGACUCUUGUCUAUGAGUAUUUACCCAGUGGAAGCCUUGAAGAUCGUCUAAACUGUAAGGAUAACACACCUCCAUUAUCAUGGCAAACUCGAGUUCGCAUUGCUGCAGAACUCUGUUCUGCUCUCAUUUUUCUUCACUCCAAUAAACCUCACAGCAUAGCGCAUGGUGACUUAAAACCCGCCAACAUUCUCCUUGAUGCAAACCUUGUUAGCAAGCUCAGCGACUUUGGAAUCUCUAGAAUAUUAUCUUGUCAAGAGAGUUCUAGUAACAACACUACACAGUUCUGGAGAACUGUUCCAAAGGGAACUUUUGUGUAUGUGGAUCCUGAAUUCCUUGCAUGUGGUGAACUUACACCAAAGUCGGAUGUUUAUUCAUUUGGAAUCGUUCUAUUGAGAUUGGUGACUGGGAAACCAGCCCUGGGAAUAACAAAGGAAGUGAAAUAUGCAUUAGAUUCUGGAAAGUUGAAGUUCCUUUUGGAUCCUUUGGCUGGAAACUGGCCACUUGUGCUAGCUGAAGAGUUGGUUCGCUUGGCUUUGAGGUGUUGUGGGAUGAAUCGAAAGAACCGACCAAAUCUUUAUCCAGAUGUUUGGAGGGUACUGGAACCAAUGAGGGCUUCUUCUGGAGACACAAACACCUUUGAAUUGGGUUCUCAAGGGCUAUGCCAACCUCCUCCAUAUUUUAUUUGUCCAAUAUUUCUGGAAGUGAUGCAGGAUCCACAUGUGGCUGCAGAUGGUUUUACUUAUGAAGCUGAGGCAAUACGUGCAUGGCUGGAAAGUGGUCAUGAGACUUCACCAAGGACAAAUUCUAGGCUUUCACAUCGCAAUCUUGUUCCAAACCACUCUCUUCGCCAUGCAAUCCAGGACUGGCUUCAAAAGUCACUGAUCUAACUUCUCAUUCUUUUAUUAAAUUGUAGCUCUACCUCUUUAUAUUUAGUUUCUAUGUGAAAUAGUUAUCACUACAGUAAUUUUUUUUCUUCUCUUGGUUUUGUUUCUUUUACGAAUCUUUAAAAUAUGUGAACCGCAUUUGUAUCCAUCAUGUUGUAUAUAGGUUCUGCACGUGUUGUCUA